AUGGCAACAUUUUUAUGGGCUUGCGUUUCCAGCUUGUGCAUUCUAUUAAUCACUGCGAAUGCGCAAGCACCCGCAGCUUCACCUUCUAAUACCCCAUCGACGAGGUCCCCACCACCAUCUACACCAGCCCCCGCAGCAUCACCACCAACUGCAGCUGUAGCCCCAACCACUCCACCACCGGCUUCCAGCCCGAUAACUCCACCACCACAACCUCCAGUAAGCCCGCCCGUUGUAACUCCAACACUACCACCGGCUUUACCACCAGCUGUACCUCCACCACAAGCAUCUCCCACGCCAACGCAGCAGCCAGCACCAGCCCCCGCAGUAAAAGCACCUGCACCAGCACCAGUAUUACCAGCACCGGUGGCACCACCUGUGGCAGCACCGACACCAGCACCGGUCCCAGCACCAGUAGAGGUCCCUUCACCCGCACCAGCACCUGCCAAGCACAAGAAACGAAAGCACAAACACAGGCAUCAUCAUGCCCCAGCACCGGCACCAGUUGUUGUUAAAAGCCCUCCAGCACCACCAACCCAAGACACGGAGGACACAGCACCAGCACCCUCACCAACCUUAAAUUUGAAUGGCGGCAUCUCACUUGAUCAGCACGGAAGAACCAGAAUGCAGGUGACCGCCGGAAUGGCUCUCGCUACCCUUUUGGCUGUCAGCGGUUUCUUCUUCUAAAUUUAUGCAAGAAGCAGUCUCCUGUAGAUACACUGUGGGACCAUUUUGGCAUUGGAGAAUGGCGUGUUGGCAUACAGAAGAGGAUCAGAGCAUCAUAGCAGUUUUAUCUAUAUGAUAUUCAUUCUUUAUCUCCAAAAUGUUUUACUAUCAUUCUAUAAAUUUUAAAUUUGUUAUAUUUUUCAUGA